ACAUUAAUCAUUGGCCGGCUAACCGGGUAUUUUGUUCCAGCUCUUGAAAGUCGUGUUUCUUCGACUAGUGGACAUUAUGAUCAUGUAGAUUUAUCACUGUUUGCAUCACUUAACGUCCACAUGUCCAAGCGUAGACGACGAGAUUUGGACUUGUCUAGUUCUAGUAGUAGUUCGGAUUGCAUUUAUGACAGUUUAUUGUGGAAGUUUGUUGACGAAAAUUAUGAAUUUUUGAUAAAUGACGACUUCCUGGAGCAUUGCAAGCAUUCCGCCCGCGAUGAAAAGUCGACCACACAAGCUGAUGCCUCUUUUGAAUCUUGCAUUGUUUUACUGGAAGAUUUAAGUGAGUUGCUUCGUAAUCUUCGUCAACGUAUGGAAUUUGACGGCCCUGGAAACUUCCAGAAGUACUUAGAAACGACUCUUACAAAUGAAAUUCAGCACUAUGAAAGAAGAAAACAUAGUAUCAUUAACUCAAUACUGUCCACCUUAGGUGACAAAUACCAGAGCCCAUUGCCACCAUCAGAAUUACGCAACUUUUCCGUAGCUUCUGAUCUAAUCCCUAAGGAACUCGAUAAGAAGUCUGGUAAUCUUUUACGCAUAUUGGGUGAACUUCAACAGGAGUGGGAUGAAACUAUUCGUAAGAUUACACCAAUCAGUCCAUUCACUAACCAAAUCAGCUUUUUAGAAGAUAUUGAUUCAGAUCUCAGAAAAAUUGAUGCAUGGUUGAACACGUUAGCUUCUAAUUUACCAAAUACUUCAGCAUGGAUGACUUGCCUAAUGUCAUUAUCCAACGUUCAGAAAUUUUCUACAGCUAAAUAUUAUCAGGUUUGUUUAAAACAAAUUGAACAAUAUUCAAAGACGUUAUCAACUAUUAAAGAAUUAGUUGAUCAUGUUGAACUUAGUACACUAGCUGAUAUACAAUUUCAAAAUAAUUUGCAUAAUUUAUCAAGAAAUGUUUGUGAAUUAGAAGCGAAAUUUCAUACUCUAUGGUUACGUUUAUUAGAAUUAUCAAUUUAUAUUGAUCAAAAUAUUAAAACUAAUGUGAAUAAACGUGUAACUACUGAGAUGUGUCAUGAUACAUGCUCAAAUAAUACUCGACAUGAUGUAUUACAUCAGAACUAUGGAAAUAAUUACUUAUCAGAAUUCAAUACUAAAGAGAUUGGGAUUCAUCAUGUCACACAUCGAAAUGGACGCGAAAGUGGUUUUGAAUCGGAACAAAGUCCUCCGAUGAAAUCAUAUUAUAGUUAUUCAUGCAAUAACACCAUUACUGGUUCAGAUAUCUUCAUGCUUAACGAUAAACAGGGACUUAGAAGCCCAACUUCUCGGAUUCAACUGAGGGCGUUGGUUUUCCUAACUUUAACCAAAGAUAACAGUUGUUCACUUCCGGAUGAUUUUAAUCAAAUUAUCGGAGAGUUAGAUAAUGUCUUAUUAAAUGAUGAGCUAAUAAAAUAUCCUGAAGUGAUAAAAAUUAAUGAAACUGUUAAAUGUUUGUCAUCUCAAAGUGAUCUAUUUUUAAAAAAUGAAGAUAAAUGUAAGAUCAACAGAUAUGGAAAGAAUUUAUUCUCUCUAUCGAACCAACAGGAUAUUAAACGGAAUUCCAGACUGGAAAUGACUCAAGAUGAAAAUAUUUUAUUGAACAAUACAGGGAGUGGUUUUAUUGACAUGAAAAUACCGGAUAGUGAAAAUCGAUCAUCAAAUCCGAAAAAUUCUGCGGGUUCCACUUUUUGUUAUGAAGAUGUAGAUGUAUGGAAAAUGAAAUUUUCUACUGAAUUCAGUAAUUCGGAUAAAGUCGAAAAUAAUGAAACAAUACACAAAUGUUGGUCGUUACCUAUUGUGAAAUCACCCGUAACAGGAAUAAAUAAAUCGGAAAGUAUAGAUUUGCCAUUUAUCUCGAAUUGUCGUCAAGUAAAUGAUAGAUCAUGCAAUGCGCAUGUAUACACUGUGAAUAAUAAUAAUAACAAUAAUAAUCUCAGAAAAAUUGCCAGUGGACGCAAAUCUGUAAUUACUAAAUACAACAAUUUACAUAAUUUUUAUCAUUUAAAACGAAUUGGGAACAGCCAAAUAAUGAAGCAUUUACUUGAAUCCAAGAUGAAACAUACAAAUACUAAAUCAAGAAAUAAGAAAUUUUUCAAAAGUCAUCUUAAAAAGACAUCAAAAAAUAGAAAUUGUAUGAGUUCAGUUUCUUUAAAUCUGUACAAUCAAAUUUCUAAUGAAACAUUCAAUCACACUAAAUCAGUUGUUUCACAAUAUAGUUCUGUUGACACGCAAAUGUUCCAUAUUGAUUCAAGAUCAAACUCAGAUUGUGAAGUAACUAGUAACCACAGUUAUUACUGUAAAUCGAUACCUGAUAAUACAAGUGAAUUGGAACAACGUCAAUGGCGAAUGCAAGUUAGAACAUAUUUAAAUGCAGCUGAGAAGGCCGAAGAAUUAAUUCGUAAUCGAUAUUCACCAACUCGGUUUGAAUCCUGGUUAGCUGGUUUAGAGGCUUCGAAUCUCAAACUUAAUGAAAAUAAUAAUAAAAAUGAUAAUCUGGUUGAUUCGACUAAUAAACAGUUGUUAGAGAAGAAAAAUCAAAAUAAUAAUGCUUAUAAUUUAUGUCCUUUAUUCAUGAAUAAUUUGGAUGGAAAAGAUGAAAAGAGAACUUGUCAAGAUGAUAAUGAUGAUGAUAACGAUAUAUCGGCAUUGGAAGAUUCACAUGAACCUUUAUUAAAUUUUUGGGAUGAUUAUCAGGCAUCACUUUACUCUAAUUCCAGUGAUACUCAAGCUUAUGAACCACCAAAUAUGUAUGCUGAAGAAUUUCCGUGGGAUGAUGUCGGAACUUCAUUCUUUAAUGAUAUUGAACGAGAACUGAACUCACCAUCUUUACACAGUCAUACAGAACCAAAGAAAUUUAUGAAAUCGAAUUCUUGUAGUAUUAUAGAGGAAAAUGACUGUUCCAGAAAUCAAGGACAAGAUACGAAUGAUAUUCUUUCUACAUCUACAUCAGGCUUAUUCAAUCGAAAAAGUAGUUUAGAUGCAAGUUUUGAAGUUUGCAAUAACACGUCAAUAUGUAAUACUCAUGGAGCAGAAAGUUGGUCUGCUGAGCAUACAGAUAAUUUACUCAGUCCGGAAUCAUCUGUUCGCGGGCUGCGUACAUGUCCCGAUGGCGGUUCACAGCAUUUACCAAGUAUAGAUACAAUGGAUGUCAUAUCAAACCAUGAAAUUCAAGACAUCAAAAAUUGUUUAUAUCCUAUGAGUAGUUUCAGUGAACAUUUUAAUUCUUCUAACUAUACAUAUUACACUAGAUAUCAUAACAAACGAUAUAAUAAAUUGUAUGAAAGAAAAUAUCAAACAAUUCCGCAUAUUAUCAAUCGUAAACGAAAAGCUCAGAUCAAUUUAUUUCAGUCAGAAAAACAAUUGAACAAACGUGAAUUUUUAUCACUUGAUGGUUGUCUUAAUCGUUUGGAUGAUCGAUAUUUCAGUGAUAUUCAUAAAGGAAUUCUGGAACAUUCUGGAACAAGACUUCUGCACGCGAAAACUUAUUUACAAAAAUUAAUAAAUUCAAUCAAGAGAAAUAGUAGUGUACAACGAAGAAAUCUUUCGAAGCAGAUAAACUCAAGCAGUUGGCGUCAUCGUACUGAUCUUCUGUUGCAAACUACUGACGCUCAUGUGAAAUUGCUUUCUAAUUUACUUGAUGAUCUCAAGUCUUAUUGCUCUUCGAAUGUCUCUGAAUUGUCAGAUGACAGAAUAUCAGCUUCAUUUAUACAAGAUUUAACAUCCUGUAAAGAUGAUAAUAUUUAUGUUAAAACUGAUAAUACUGAUGAUAGCCAUGAUUAUUCACCAUAUCGUUUAAUUAUUUUGAAUGCUUUAAAAUUAAAAUCGCAAUGGAUUAAUUUCUCAUCUACUUUACGUCACAUUUAUCACCAAUCGAAUCAGUAUGAAGCAUGGAAGAAACAGUUAUAUAUUCUUCAAUUACGUAUGCAUGAUUUAAGUAGACUUACACGUCAAAUUGGUCUGUCAAUGUAUACAAAUAAAGAGGUGAAUAGUGCGAAUCCUAAUAACGUCAAUACUCGUCAUAUUUGUGAUUUGAUAAUAUAUGAUGAAAAUCAGUCAGAUAAAAUUGCCAAUGGCUUUAAAAGGUGCUUUCUAGAAGUGGAUAGCUUGAAUUUUGCUCUGGAGGAAAUGCAGAAUGAGUUGAAUAAAGAAAAUUGUCAGAUGUCAGUAAACAAUAACAAUACUUCAGCUACAAUCUGUAAUACGAUUGGCUUGGAUGGGGAACUACUUUAUGAGAUUGAUCGUCUUUCAAGUCAGCUGGCUAUUAAUCGAUCCAUCCUUCAAAGACUGAUUCGAUUGUUUGAAUCAAAUCAUUCAAAUAAUCCUCCUACUCAUUAUCACUUAGAUAAUGAAUAUUUAGUGGAUAGCACAGAAAAUCAAUUGGAAACUUCUUUUGUUAAUAUUGAUAAAAGUACAUCGGAACAACAAGUCAAUGAAGUCUAUACAAAUGAGCAUUUAUUUGAACGUAAAUCAGUUGAAAAUCAUAAUCAUCAACAACAUCCUGUUAGUGUUUCAAUUUCUACAACUGAAAAAACUCCAUCAAUUUAUUCAUCCAUUUGUAAUUGUUUACUUCGAAUAUUCCCAUCCACUAAUAGUCAGAAUUAUUUUAUUCUUCUAAUUAGUGGUUUCAUAUUCUUAGCUUAUUUAUCCUAUUAUAUUUUAGGUAGAUUAGUUGCAUGUAACAACUAUUUUCGUCGUCCACCUUCUACUACUGUUUCUUCAUUACGAUGUUUUUAUGAUUUAAUCAAUAAUAAUAGUGAUGAUAAUAAUAAUGAUAAUGUUCAAGGUGCUACCGCAUUCGGUAGAUGUCCAUUAGAAAGAGACAGAUUAUCAAAUAUCAUUGAUUAUAUUAAUGGGGCACAACCUUAUUAAAUCUAUAAAGUCAAUUAUCAGUUAGUGCUCCUUUUUAUAAUCUGCGCCAAAUAGGUUUCCAUUUUAAGAUUGAUAAAUAUCAAAUGAGAAAUAUAUCAACGUACUUGAUUACUGUACAAGAACUUAAUGAAUGUUUUAAAGAAGUUUAUCUUCAACGAACAAAUUUAAAAUCAACAUUUCAAUAAUGUCACUUUAUCAUUUUGUGUACGUUGUCUAUGCAUGUGUUUGUAUAAUGGCUUUCAUGGAUGGAUGUGGCCUUAAACACUGAUCAAUGUUCCCUUUUUUUAUUGAUCAAACUAGGAUUAAACUAUGGAUGAUCAUCAACAGUUAGGCAAAACAUUUUCACUUCUUUUCUAGCUUUUUUUCUGAAGAGAAAAACGAUAUUUUCGUUCUUCCUCCAAUCUCUUUUGUAUUUUCAAUGCUAUGAUGCUAUGAAACACUAAUCUUAGGAUAUUUUGUAUGUAGAAAUUUCGCUAUUUAUUAAAAGUUUAGGAUAAUUUUGUACCUAAUUGUAAAUAUUAAAAAAAUAAUGAUGGUAUUAGUAAUAACUACUAGCACUGCUAUUACUACGAAUCCCCUCCCUAAAAUUGUUAUUACUACCAUUAUAUAAUUAGAACUACAUAUAUAAACCUUUAGUACCGUUGUCCACAUUUAUAUUCACAACAACCAUCAGUUGUAAGUAACUUUGUGUCCAGUCUUUAUUCUUUUUAUUUUCGAUUUGGCAUUUGAAUUGUGCAAUGACAAGUUAUAUCUCUAUUAUUUAUAAUAUUUCUAUAAUAGAUAAUAUAAUGCAUACAUAUGAUUACUUGGGGCAUGGAUAUAACUUUUCUUUCCUCAGUUUUGAUAUUGAUUUUUCUCUUUUUUUUGUUUUUCUAUUAACAUGAUGAUUAUUCAUUUAUCUAAUCAUAUAUGUGCAUGUGUAUAACUUAACUUUUCUCAUUAUUUGAAACAAAAAUUAUCAGAAAUUC